CCGCAGUGGUUCAGACGCUCGCACCUUUAGCUCAGUUUUGAUUCAUACACACAAAAGCACACAGAAACUUAAGUAGCCAUGGAUGCCAUCAAGAAGAAGAUGCAGAUGCUCAAGCUGGACAAGGAGAAUGGUUUGGACAGAGCUGAGCAGGCCGAGUCAGACAAGAAGGCAGCUGAGGACAGGAGCAAGCAGCUUGAGGAUGACCUGCUGGCGCUGCAGAAGAAGCUAAAGUCCACUGAGGAUGAAUUGGACAAGUACUCCGAAGCCCUGAAGGAUGCCCAGGAGAAACUGGAGCUGGCUGAGAAGAAAGCCACAGAUGUGAGUUUACAUCUUCUCUAUUACUAA